AUGUACAAGCGUCCUCAUGGAAACAGAAAGACGGUCACGAUUCUAGUGCUAGGUGACUUGGGCCAUUCUCCGAGAAUGAAUUAUCAUGCGCUUCUGUUUUCGAAGCUCGAUUAUAAUGUGAAUCUCUGUGGGUAUUUGGAAAGCGAACCCCCCGCAUCUGUGAUGGAAGACAUGAACAUUGACAUUCGUCCCAUCGUUCCCAUCAAGAACAAGGGCAAUUUACCAUACUUGGCAUUCGCUGCUCAGAAGGUAGCUCUUCAGCUAUUCCAGCUCUUUCUGCUUCUCAUGGAUGUAAGAGGGUCAGACUACUACGUUAUACAAAACCCUCCGUCGAUGCCCCUCCUACUAGUAUUGGUUGUCUUCAUAAAAUUGUUCAGCAGAUCAUCUAAAUUGGUCAUUGACUGGCACAACCUCAACUACAGCAUCUUGAACCUCAAGUACAACAAUGAAAAGCACCCAUUGGUGAGGAUAUUAAGACUCUAUGAAAAGAUAUUGGGACAAUUCGCUUGGCUCAACAUUACAGUGACCCAUGCAAUGAAAUCUUUUCUAAUAAACGAGUUCGGCUAUUCCCCCUCUUCCAUUACCACUUUGCAUGACCGUCCUGGAACCCAGUUCCAACCCCUUCAAGAAACGGGCCUUUCCAAGGAGGAGUUUCUCCGAGACCAUCUGCUUUUCAAGGAUGUCCCGGGAAUAGACCAAUACAAAAUCCUCGUGAGCUCGACCUCGUUCACUCCCGAUGAGGAUUUUGGGGUAUUGUUGGAUGCACUCAAGAGUUACGACGAUUCUGAGGCCAGCAAGAGUAACCCUGUCUUCCUUAUCGUGACUGGAAAAGGCCCUCUCAAAGAUCAAUUCUUGUCUAAGGUAAGAGAGCUCAACUUUCUGAAGCGUGUGAUAAUAAAAAAUGCCUGGCUUGCGUCCGAGGAAUAUCCUACGAUCUUAUCAUUGGCAGACCUAGGGAUUUCCUUGCACACAUCCCUGAGUGGUAUCGACUUGCCAAUGAAAAUUGUUGAUUUUUUUGGCGUCGGUGUACCUGUGAUUUCGCUUUCGUUCCCUUCAAUUGGUGAACUUGUUGUCGAUGGAACAAAUGGCCUUAUAGUACCAGAUGAGACCUCUUUGUCACAAAGUGAGGAGCUUUGUCGUCUCAUUACGAACGUCUUGAGUAACGAAGAGCUAUUGAAGAAGCUCAAAAGAGGUGCAUUGGCGGAAAGCAAAAGAAGAUGGAACGAAAAUUGGAGUAGAAAGCUUGGAUCAAAAUUUCCAGACGUAUCGUAA